AUGGGACCCUUGAAGCUCAACACCCAGAAUCUGCCCAAACUUACUGCGGCAGCCACCGCCGCAGGUGCCGCACCGAUUGAGAUCCCUAGCUUUUCGCGUGGUAACGCCGUCAAGGAGGGUAUCGUUCACGUUGGCGUGGGUGGCUUCCACAGAGCUCACCUAGCUGUCUAUGUCAACGAGCUUAUGCAGAAGCAUGGAGUGACCGACUAUGCAAUCUGUGGUGUUGGCUUGCAGCCCUUCGACGCUGCAAUGCGAGACGCUUUGGGUUCGCAGGACCAUCUCUACACCAUCGUCGAGCGUUCCGCUCAAGGUAGCGUUGCCAAGGUCAUGGGCAGUAUCAAUUCAUACCUAUUUGCCCCUGACAACCGCGAGGCUGUGAUUGCUAAGAUGGCACACCCCGACACCCAUAUCGUGUCGCUUACCAUCACCGAAAGCGGUUACUACUACAACGAGAACACCCACGAGCUACAGAGUGAGGACCCUGAUAUUCAGCAUGACCUCAACCCUGCCAACGAACCUAAGACUACCUUCGGCUUCCUCUAUCACGGCAUGGCACGGCGCCACCAACAGGGACUCAAACCCUUCACGGUCGUCUCCUGCGACAACAUGCAAGGAAAUGGCGCUAUCACACGCCGUAUGCUUGUCUCCUUUGCCCGUUUACGGGACCCUAAGCUUGCAGAGUGGAUCAACACAAAUGGCCACUUCCCUAACGCUAUGGUCGAUCGUAUUACCCCUCAAACAUCCGCGGCCGAUAAAGUAGGCCUCGCGAAGGAUUUUGGCAUUGAGGACUCCUGGCCGAUUGUCACAGAGCCAUUCAUGCAAUGGGUAAUCGAGGACCAUUUCUGUGAUGGUCGUCCACCUUUCGAAAAGGUCGGAGUACAGAUUGUUAAGAAUCUCCAAAACGUCGAGGAAUUUGAGAAGCAUAAGCUACGUCUGCUCAACGGUAGCCACGCCAUCAUUGCCUAUGGUGGCCAACUUGCAGGCUAUAAGUACGUCCAUGAAGUGAUGGAGAAUCCAUUAUUCAGGAAGUUUGUCUGGCAGAUGAUGCAGGAGGAAGUCAAGCCUACUCUCCCCGAAAUCUCUGGACACGAUACCGAUAAAUACUGCGAGACACUCGUGGAACCUGCCCGUAUUUGCGGCGGUGGAACUGGAAAAAUUCCUCAAUUCAUUAUGCCCACUAUUGCUGAAGCCAUUUGGGCCACUGGUCCGUUCCGUCGCCUCUGUUUCACCGCGGCCGCUUGGUUCCACUAUAUCAACGGCGUUGACGACAACGGUAACAAGUUUGAAGUCCAGGACCCCAUGCUUGAGGAGAUUCAGACCAAGGCUCGUGCUGGCGGUACAAACCCUAUGGAAUUGCUCAGCAUCAAGAGCCUAUUCGGUGAUGACCUGCGUAGCGACAAACGCUUCCUCGACACUAUCACCACCGCAUUGGAGGAAAUUUCGCGCGAUGGUGUGAUCAAGUCUCUUCCAAAGUACAUUGACUAA